AUGUCAUCUCAACCUGUGACCCCACCCCUUGGUAUGCCAGAAGAACCAGUAGUCGAACCCGGAGCGCCGUCCUGGAAUGCUCCUAUCCCUGAGCGAAUGCUUGCCCAACUAUUAGACAUUUGUCCUGUGGUGUCGCGCUCUCUUCCAAUCGAAUUAUGGGAUGAGGUGCUUGGCUAUGUGUCGUACGAUUGGAGAUGCGACCUCCGGACCCGCGGGUCGCGAGAAGCCCGGCUGCAAAAACUUGGGAGGGUGUGUCGGGGAUGGUACGCCCGAUGCCGCUUUCUUGUCUGGGAGGAGUUAACUAUGGCUUCCUAUGUCAACAACAAGACGCAGAUGGAUCGCCUGAUCAAAACACUGGACGAGCAGCCCGAGCGGUGUCGUGUAAUCAAGGCGGUUUACAUCCGUUCGGAAUUCCUCUCCGGGGGCCUCCUUGGGCCGUUCGUUGCGUGCAUGGCACAGAAACUACCCCGAAUACAAUCGCUUGAAUUCAGACGCUGCAAGUUGGCGGCAGAGCAGCUGGGCGUGCAAGUCUUUCGCGAUGUGACUCUUACAUUCGGAUCGGCCACGGUGCUCAAGCUCUUCCGUGUGGAUUUCUCUUCUGCGAUGGAGUUCGAGAUGCUUGUACGCGCGCUCCCGCGGCUCGUCUCCCUCACCUGCGAUGAGGUAGACUUUAAGGAUCGUCGCAAUGUGGUGGCUACUGUCGGAGCGCUACAUCCCCUCCGACUCGAGACUGUUGAUCUGUGUGGUUGCGAUGAUGUGAUCGACUUCCUCAUGUCGACCGGUGCCCGCAUCCGCCAACUUUUCUGCAUUAGCGCAAACCUGCCUCGGACGUUCUCGAAGCUGUUUGUGGCGAUCGCCGAGUCGCUUUUGUUCCUGGAUAUGUAUGGCAUGUAUUCCAGGUUCGAUGAUGGACCCCCACUUCUUUCCCCACUUGUCAAUCUGCGUACCUUGUCAUUCCUUCCCAAAGAUAUGAGACAUGUUGUCCAUGUGCUGUCUCUCGUGACUCUUCCUAAGCUGAUCGAGGUCACAGUCAGAAUAAGGGUACUUGAUAUUCUACAACUUCCUCGCAAGCUUGAUCGUGACUGCUGUACAUCAAUCGACAACGCACUCUCUGGCUCUCAAUAUCCAGCCCUGAAAAGGGUUAUUUUUCAUGUCGUCCUUACCGAGCGGGGCGAUCCACAGACAAUGUACGAGGACUCCUGCGCGCGUGAAAUGUCAUGCAAGUUCCCUACACUGCACGGUAGUGGACGGCUUAGGCGAGUACUUUACCGCAUAUCAACGCCGUGA